GCAUCGACCGACGACAUGCCUAUCAUACCUGGUAAACAAAACCUAACUGCGAGCGACGAGCACAGAUCAAAAGCGUUCGAUCUCUCAACGCGAUCGUUUCGGUGGGAGUUUCGGGGUGCCUGGGUGCUGCUGGGAAAAAGUUGGUUCUUACCUGGUCUGAACGAUUGUGUGCCGUGCUGGUGAAUGGAUAGUGAACUUGAUUUGAAUUAGUGGCUAGAACUGCUGUAGUGGCUUGAGGGGUACAUUUGCGAAAAAUAGAGCAACGGGUCUGAACAGCGAAAGGUGAAGUGCACAACGAUGAGGUCAAACCUAGAACCGAUCGUUACGUUUUGCUUGCUCGCAGCAGCAAUUGUGGCGAUGGUGUCCACGGUCGAUGCGGUUAAGCUGAAAGAAAAGUUCAAAUGGCGUGAAGUGGAGUACGAUUGGCCCUCACAGGAAGCGAAACAGGAAGCAAUGAGCUCUGGGAAAUAUGUCGCUGCAAACAACCUGCCGCUUGGAUUGGAACGAUGGCGAGACAAAUUGUUCAUCACGGUACCAAGAUGGAAAUCCGGAGUUGCGGCUUCAUUGACCUUUGUCAACAUAUCGGACGGCGUGUCACCUUUACUGCAUCCGUACCCAAGCUGGGAAGCUAAUCAAUUACCCCAGUCAAAGGAUGAUGGAAAGAAUGAUGGAGAUUCGUCAAAGAUGCUGAAAGACAAUGGCACUAUCAUCUCCACCUUCCGAGUAAGAGCGGAUGAAUGCGAUCGCCUCUGGGUCAUGGAUACUGGUCUUGCGGACAUUCUUGGUGACGCAACUUCGUAUGCAACUCCAUCGCUCGCUAUCUUUGACCUUUAUACCGACAAGCUCAUUCGAAGACACUAUUUCCCCGAAUCACUGCUGAAAGAAGACUCCUUUUUCGCCAAUGUGAUUAUCGAUGCCGAACGAGGAGAUUGCGAUAAUGCCUACGCCUAUGUGCCAGACUUGGGAGGCUAUCAAGUGGUAGUCUAUUCUUUCAAAGAGGAUAAAUCUUGGCGCGUUAAGCAUAACUUCUUCCACUUUGAUCCACUAUCUGGAGACUACAAUAUUGGAGGCGUCAACUUCCAAUGGACCGAUGGAGUAUUUGGAAUGGCUGUAGGAAAACGACUCCGUGAUGGAUCUAGACCGGUUUACUUCCACGCCUUCUCAAGCACGAAAGAAUUCAUGGUAUCGAAUCGAAUUCUGCAAAACGAAACUUAUUCGCAAAGUCCGGAAUCUUACUACGACUACAAGCUGAUGGGUGAUCGUGGACCAAACUCACAAUCAUCUGCUGAGUUCUACGAUGCAGAAACCGGAAUCAUUUUCUACACGCAGGUGAACAAAGAUGGAGUAGGUUGUUGGAAUACGGCAAAGCCCUUAACUCCGGAUACGCAAGGUCUGGUUGACUCGGACAGCGAUGCACUGGUGUUUCCGAAUGAUCUGAAGGUCGACACAGAAGGCAAUUUGUGGGUGCUUUCCGAUCGCCUUCCCAUGUUCAUCUUUACGUCCUUGGAUCCUGCAGAGUACAACUAUAGAAUCUUGACGGGACAGAUUAGUGACAUAAUCAAGGGCACUCCGUGCGAGUAGUGAGCUCACAUUCUAGCAUUAGGGUGGCACAUGCAUAUGUAAAAACCAAGCUCAAGCGUGUCGUGUUCAAUGCUUUCCGCUUUUCAGAAUUUCUAAAUGAUUAGUAGGAGAUUUCGGAUUGAUUUUAGUUUUAUAUAAGUAUGGGCCAUACUGAUGCAGUUUUUUUUUGCAUUUCAGUUGUAAUGUCAUUGUACGUGUUUUGAAAUAUAAUUUUACAUUGUA